AUGCCUUCUCCCAAGCAAAGAAAGGUCGCUAUUGUCGGCAGCCGCUCUGUCGGCAAGUCGUCUCUAGCCGUGCGGUUCGUCGAUGGCCACUUCGUCGACAGCUACUAUCCUACGAUUGAGAAUACCUUCAGCAAGAUGAUCAAGUACAAGGGCCAAGAUUACUCAACCGAGAUCGUCGACACAGCGGGCCAGGACGAGUACAGCAUUCUCAACUCCAAGCACUUUAUCGGCAUCCAUGGCUACAUGCUCGUCUACUCAGUAUCAUCACUGCCAUCCUUCGAGAUGGUGCAAGUUAUUCGUGAGAAGAUCCUCAACCACCUGGGCACCGAGUCGGUCCCCAUCUGCAUCGUCGGCAACAAGAGCGACUUGCGCCCCGAGCAACGACAGGUGACACCCGAAGAUGGACAGAAGCUGUCGGAGAAGAUACAAUGCGGCUGGACCGAGGCGAGCGCGCGAUACAACGAGAACGUCGGCAAGGCUUUCGAGCUCUUGAUCGGACAGAUUGAGAAGUCACAGAACCCAGGCGAGGCUCCGGCCAAGAGCAAUUGCAUUCUGAUGUAA